CGCCUCCUUCUCGACACGACUCGGCCAGAGUCAAAUAGCGCUCCUGGAGCGCAUCGCAAACCGCCAACAUGGCGACCUUUGUGCCCGACCAACUGUGCAAGGAGAGGCCGCUGCGUCCGCUGUCCAGUGCCACGGACCUCACCGACAUUACACACUCGACCCUGGAACCUGAUUCGGAUCCGCAAUCAGAGGGUUACGACAACUCCGAGAUCCAAAGUCUCACGCCAAGCAUCUUCGACUACGUCAAGAAAUAUGGCAGGACCUACCACGGAUACCAGGCUGGUGCUUACCCUUUUCCCAACGACGCGCCUGAGAUAGAGCGCCUGGACAUGCAGCAUGUUAUCCUUACAGCUCUGUUUCACCAGAGGAAUUACCUCGCCCCAUUGAAGCUCAAGCGGCCCAAGAGGAUGCUCGACAUUGGCUGUGGCACCGGCAAGUGGUGCUUCGAAAUGGCGAACGAGUUCCCAAAGUGCCGGGUGGAAGGCAUUGACUUGUCUCCGAUCCAGCCCAAGAUCUCCUGCGAAAAUGUUGAUUUCUUCAUGGACGACAUCACUCGGCCGGAAUGGUGGCGCUGCACGCAGCCGUACGAUUACAUCCACACACGCAUGUCGCACGGCAUCUUCCACGACUUUCGCGAAAUCAUCCAAAAAGGCUUCAACAACCUCAACCCAGGAGGAUGGAUGGAAUCUCAGGAGCUCUAUCCCAAAAUCUACUGCAAUGACGGCACAAUGCCUGCCGACUACGCGCUCCUAGACUGGACAGCGACACAAGACGAUGCAGCUAUGCGCCUAGGCCGGCCCCUACGUAUCGCCAACAAACUCAAGCGAUGGUACGAGCAAGCAGGCUUCGUCGACGUACACGAGGAGAUAUUCGCUAUCCCUGUCAAUUCAUGGCCAAAAGACGAGCGUAUGAAAGUACUCGGAAAGUGGUUCUACUGGAAUCUGUGUGCCGGUGUGCACGCGUGGUCAAUUGAAUACUUUGUCACUGCUCUGGGAUGGUCGCCUGCAGAGGUCGAGGUCUACCUUGCACACCUGCGAACUGCCCUCACAGACAAGACCAUACACGCCUAUUACAAAGUUUACGUUGUUUGGGGUCGUAAACCCCGCCCCGACGAGCCACCGAGUAAAACUCCUAAACCGCCAGAUUGGCCGCAACCGCCGGGUGACGACGGUGCCUCGUUUAUGUCUUCCUAGUAGUAGUAAUUGGAAUCGGGCGUUUUGGAUCUUUUGAGAAUAGCCUGCUUUUGCUAGUUUGUCUCUCUGGCAUGUAGCUCCGAUUCUAUCUAAUGGAGUAAAGAGGAACCUUGUUUCUUUUGCCAUACAAUCUUGCGGUGGCUUUUGUUGGUUUGAAAGAGAAAGCUAUGCGUAGCUUGAGAGGCCUCAGCGAAAUUGUGUCAGCGACGUAUAGUUACGAUCUUUUAUGGUUGUUGGGACUCUUUGUCCCUAUUGAUAUCCUGCAAAUACAGACGACAUUUGAGGCGAUUCACACAAAAGUCUCAUGUGUAGAUUUCUCUUGUACUUGGUG